AUGGCGAGAAUUCCAGUUAUUCUAUCAGUAGUAGUGACUUUCCUUUCCCCCUCUUGUAUACUUUCCGGACCAGCGGAAGUAUACAAAUAUGGUUUCCAAUUUGCUAUAGCACCUCUAGUGAUGCCUAUUGGAAUGGUUUUGGCAUCUUGGGUUUUUAUACCAGUUUAUUUCCAGUGUGGAGUAUCAACAGUUUACGAGUUUUUGGAAAUGAGGUUCGGAAGCAAGACAAGAUAUAUUAUAUCAGCGUUCUUCGUUGUACAAAUGAUGUUCUUUAUUGUUUCGAAUCUUUAUGGAGCAGUAUUAGCUUUCAGUGUUGUAACAGACUUGUCUAUAGAACUAUCUGUGAUAUAUUUAGGAGUAAUUUGUACUCUUUACUGUUCUGCAAUAUUCUUUAUUGUUUUGAAUCUUUAUGGAGCAGUUUUAGCUUUAAGUGCUGUAACAGACUUGUCUAUAGAACUAUCUGUGAUAUCUUUAGGAGUAAUUUGUACUCUUUACUGUUCUGCAGGUGGUUUGAAGGCUGUUUUAUGGACUGACGUUUACCAAGCAGCACUUAUACUGGCAUGUUUAACCUCAUUGUAUAUUGCUGGAAUAGGAGAUGCAGGUGGUAUAUCUAAAAUAUAUAAUCAAGCCAAGUCAGGCAAUCGAUUGAAAAUGUUAAAGACAUUUCAAAUGAGUAUUAUUCCUGCAUCAUUGUCAUUAGUUUCAUGUCAUACGUUUGGACUGAUAUUAUAUUCUGUUUAUUAUCACUGUGAUCCAGUUUUAAAUAAGGAGCAAACAGGAAUUAAAAGAUAUGAUCAAAUUAUUCCUGCUUUUAUUGUUAACAAAUUCAGUUCAAUACCUGGAAUGACAGGGAUUUGUAUUGCUGGCAUUUUUAGUGCUUCUUUGAGUACUAUAUCUUCUUGCUUUAAUUCAGCUUCCACUGUGACAGUUCUAGAUUUCAUCAAACCACUGUAUGAACGAAAGCGAGGAGUUAUAUCUGACAGGAAAUUUGUGUGGAUGGUAAAAAUACUGUCUGUUGUGUAUGGUGGAGCAAGCAUCGGAUUGAGUUUUUGUUUUUUAGAAGUAAGAAGUCUUGUUCAACUUAUGAAUGUUUUUGUAUCUUCGUUGGAAGGUCCCGUUUUAGCUGUAUUUUUGACAGGAGUUUUAACAAGAAAGGCAGAUGAUAAGGUAAAAGAAAGAGGCUUUUAUCAACAAUGGUUCACAACCCUUCAUGUUUACAUUAUUCCUGCUUUUAUUGUUAACAAAUUCAGUUCAAUACCUGGAAUGACAGGGAUUUGUAUUGCUGGCAUUUUUAGUGCUUCUUUGAGUACUAUAUCUUCGUGCCUUAAUUCAGCUUCCACUGUGACAGUUCUGGAUUUCAUCAAACCACUCUGUUGUGUAUGGUGGAGCAAGCAUCGGUUUGAGUUUUGUUUUUUAGAAGUAAGAAGUCUUGUUCAGCUUAUGAAUGUUUUUGUAUCUUCGUUGGAAGGUCUCGUUUUAGCUGUAUUUCUGACAGGAGUUUUAACAAGAAAAGUAGAUGAUAAGUGUGUAUCAGUUGCCCUCGUCGUAGGAUAUUCACUGACGACAUGGCUGGGCUUCGGAGCCUUACAUUCAAGGUAUAAUGAACCAUCUUUACCUCUCACCACUGACAUGUGUCCUUUACUAAAUGCUACAAACACUGGAAUGAACGCUACUAUCACUCUUUUACAGAAUCAGAAAGUUACGACAGAUACUUUUAUUUUGUACAAGAUAUCUUACACGUGGAUUUGCUUCAUUGGUUAUGUUUUGACUCAAAUUUUUAUUUGCAUUGCUGUCGUAGUAACAG